AUGUUUGGCCGCACCGAAACCAACAAGGACAGCUUUCUGGUCCAGACGAAGGCGGCCCGCGAAGAGCGAGCCAACGAGCGGGCGCAGGAAGAGCGGCGCGAUCGGGCGGUGCUGCUGCUUCAGCGCAACAUCCGCGGAUGGCUGGCGCGAACCAAGUUCCGGCGAUUGAUACUCGAGGAAUUCGAUCAGCUGUUGCCGCCAGUUACGAACGUGGGUAAACCCAUCGACCUGCAACCGAGUAUAGCCGUGUACCGGGCGGCCACACAUUUUCUGCUGCAAUGGAAAGGAGACACCGGAGCACCGGAAGCCGCCCCACAUCGGGAGCGGCUCGAACGCUUGUGCCGGUAUCUGGUGGCCAGCUUGGAAUCGGAUUCACCCAAAACCAGCUAUAUCGGUGUGGCGUUCAACAAAGACCUUAGUCUGGCCUGGAUUCGGCAUAUCAAAAAGCUGCUCUAUCGGUGCUGCACCGCCGUGGAGCUUUUGCGACCGGAAGUGCACAGUGACAGCAUCUCGUUGGCCUUGUACCUCCACACGCUGGUCGCGUUUACCUCUAUCAACAGUUGGGCGCUGUUGCGCAACAAAUCACUGGCCGGUCUAAAGCCGGGCAUGACCCAGCUCUGCGCGAACGUGAUGGGUGAUCUGGUGCAGAAAGGAUUCUACCUUACGCUGCGCAAUGUACUGGUAAAGGGAACGUGCCGGCCGGUGGUAAACCUGAAACCAAUCUCCCUGACCGCACUCGUCACGCUCGCAUUGCGUCCGCUCAUAUCGUCCAAUUUCAGCGAAAAUCUGCUUAGCCAGUUUCUAGUGCAGAUCCUGUCCGUUCCGGGCAUGAUCAUGCAACUCGAGCAGUACACACCGGAGUGUCUGGUCAGUGUGCAGGGGCACGGGCUGUUGGAGAAAACGCUGACCCUGCUGAGCGGCGACCAGUCGAUGAAGUUCGUGCUGGCAAGUUUGCAGAACAGUCAUCUGUUGGCGCUGCUGUCGAACAUUGUGCACCUGUACUAUCUCGAAACUCCGGAGCUGGCAGCCAACCUUGCCUUUCCGGCGUUUACGUUCGUCGUGACACAGCUGCUGAACGGUAUCCUCAACAGUCUGAGCCAAGCCGGUGGUGCAUUCACCCAAUGGCACGAGCUGCUGGGUUGGUUUUCGCCCGGGAAGGACCGCUUGCAGCACGAAAACUUGCCACUCAUCAAGAAACAGAUCCACCUCCUGUGGAACCAUCGGUUGGUGAAGCUGCUGCUGGGAGACAAUCUCAAAGAACUGGCCGUUGGGUACGAAACGAUUGAUUACCCGAUACCGAGCGGGAACAGUACGGGGAAUCUACUCAAGCGUGCUCUUACAUUCGAGCGAGGUUCGCUCAAGGGCCAACCGAGCAAAGCUACGCGAGCCAAUCGGAAACUUGGCGGUGCCGAAGUUUCCCGCGUUGCGUUGACUUGUUCGAUGUAUCAUGCUGGACUCAGUGCGCUGUCGCAGUUGCGAUUGGAUAUACUUUCCGGACUCUGCUAUAACGACACGGUACUGCACGAUCUGUGGCUGCUGCUUGGCUCGAUUGGACCGAACUGUGGCCUAAAGGGUUUCAUUGAGCUGCUGCAAGCGAGCCAAACGAACUACGCACCGCCACUUUUACUACUUUCCUUGUUUUGUGACUGUAUGACGCACUACGUUACUAUUUUGGACGACUUGGAAAUGUACGAACAGCAGAGCCCGUUCACGCUGAACGACUACAUUGUGCUGUCGCACUUCCUCAACACGUUCCUGUAUCGCACCAUCCAGGAUCAGAUACUGGAUGCGAAGACGGCCACCAGUGCGCCGCUGUUUGUCGCGACACACACACUCCUGCUUUGCCUGUACCGUCGCGACUGUCGGCGACAGUUUGCCCCGGCAAACCACUGGCUCAUCCGCGACAUUCGUCCGUCGCAUUUUCUUGCCGAUCUGGAGAAGGGCAAAAAGCACACGCAAAUUUUGCUGCAAAAAAUGCCCCACGUUAUACCGCACGAGGAUCGGGUGCAGCUGUUUCGCAAGUUUGUGCAAAACGAAAAAGCGGUCCUUGGCCUGACGGAGUCGGCCUGCGCGUCACCCAGCUCGGCCCUCGUGACGGUGCAUCGUGACCGAAUCGUCGAGGACGGCUACCGGCAGCUGGCCGCUCUGCCACCGCACGGGCUGAAGGGGGUGAUACGGGUGCGUUUCAUCAACCAGCAGGGCCUGGAUGAGGCCGGCAUCGAUCAGGACGGCGUGUUCAAGGAGUUUCUGGAAGAGACCAUCAAGCGGGUGUUUGAUCCUUCGCUGAAUCUGUUCAAAACGACCACCGAACAGCGCCUGUACCCUUCGCCGACGUCGCACAUGCAGGAGAACCAUUUGGCGUUGUUCGAGUUUGUCGGCCGCAUGCUCGGCAAGGCGGUGUACGAGGGGAUCGUGGUGGACGUUCCGUUUGCGUCGUUCUUUCUGUCGCAGGUGCUCGGCCAAACGCAACAAGCACUGUACAGUUGCAUGGACGAGCUGCCGUCGCUGGACAAGGAGCUUUACCGGAGCCUAACGUUCAUCAAACACUAUCAGGGCGAUGUGGCCGAUCUCGAUUUAACGUUCAGCGUCGACGAGGAUGUGAUGGGCAAAAUCGUUACCCACGAGCUGCACCCGGGCGGAAAGGCUCGUACCGUUAACAAUGAUAAUAAAAUCAAUUACAUCCACUAUAUGGCGUACUUUCGGAUGCAUACGCAAAUACGCGACCAAACUGCGGCAUUCAUCCGAGGUUUCCGCAGCAUAGUCAACCCGGACUGGUUGGCACUGUUCUCCACGCCAGAAUUGCAAAGAUUAAUUUCGGGUGAUACCUCGCCACUGGAUUUGAAGGAUUUGCGAAAACACACGCAAUAUUACGGUGGCUUCCAUGAUGGCCAUCGGGUUGUCAGUUGGCUUUGGGACAUUCUUGCCAAAGAUUUUACGGAGGAGGAAAAGAAGCUUUUCUUGAAGUUUGUAACCAGCUGCUCGAAGCCACCGUUGCUGGGAUUCGCUCACCUGGAGCCACCGUUUUCGAUACGCUGCGUAGAGGUUGGCGAUGAUGAAGACAUCGGCGAUACGGUUGGCUCGGUGAUACGCGGAUUUUUCACCAUACGCAAGAAGGACCCACUGAACCGGCUACCGACUUCGUCGACGUGCUUCAAUCUGCUCAAGCUUCCAAACUACCAGAAAAAGAGUAUGCUUCGCGAUAAACUGCGAUACGCGAUAUCCAGCAACACAGGAUUCGAGCUUUCUUAAGGCACCGGACACACCCGCGUCGGAAUCGGCUUCCAGGGAGAGGAUCGGCUUAGAGGGCAAGAUAGGGAAAGAGCGAAAGGGCGUGCUUCUGAUUCGAUCGGGAAGCGGCAGGAGGUGGAAUUUAUAUUAACUGUGAUAGUAAGUGUAAGAUUUUCAAUCGGGCAACUAGCAAUCGUUGAGCGAACCGCUGCCACAACGUGGACGGGAUUGGGUUGGAUCAGGUAGACGCGUAACAAUCGACCGGAAGCCCCGGAAGAGGCUUUUUGGUAGAAACUGCGAUAACGCUGGUAAUUGGCGACAGUAAUUGGCACUGCGCGGAGCAAACAUUCGCAAACUUGUUUUAUUUAAAUUCGUUUUACAUUUUCUGUUCGUAGAGUGUGUCGUGUGACGAAAACGAGAGGGCAAUGUAUUAAUAGGUGUGUGUAUUUAUCCAGUGUAUCUUAUGUGCAACAAACGAAACUUUUGCUCGAUGCAAUCGCUAUGAGAUUAGGGAUGAGAAAGGCAACAGGUUCCAGGUGGCGAUCGAAACGAAGACAAACCCGUAUUCGAAUUGAAGAGUUUUGUAUUUUUUGUAUGGUACUCCAGUAGUCAUGUAGUAGUCAGUGGUAGGUGUAAAAUGAUAAUCCAAUAUUCAUAUGGUCCUAUAAUCAGAAAAUGCAUAUUUUUGGAACUUAUCUAGCAGCGAAUCAGAUUGCGUGAAGAGCGGCAACCGCGAACCGUGAAGUGCGACAACCGUACUAGUAGUUUAUUUAAACCUUGGUUCCUUCCUGUGGGCGUAAAAAUUAUGUUUCAAUUGUCCACACCAGACUAGACUUCCGACGUAGGAUUGCCGGGGUUAUGUUAUAAAAUAUCAUCACAUACAACACAUAAAGUCACGAAACGUGUGUC